UGAUGACGCCACGCGUACAUUGCAGGAAGUAGUCCACACCAAGCAAACACAAGAUACAUGCUGCUAGUGUAUACCAAGAUUAUAAAGGAUGGGAGUGAAAGGUCUUCAGUACUUUAUGGACUGUUGCUGUCCAGGAGCCUGUGUGACUGUGAACCUGAGAGAGAUGGCCAGACAACAUGCUGAGAAGAGCCAGCAAGACCCCACAAUCGUUGUGGAUGGCAUGGCCUGCCUACGCCACUGGUACUCAUGUAAGGACUGGAUUUGUGGGGGGCAGUGGCGGGAGUACAUGGAUGUGCUAAAGCGCUGGGUGGAGGCCUUCACCUCAGCAGGCAUCAGACUGGUCUUCUUCUUUGAUGGGGUGGUGGAGGAGAAGAAGAGACAGGCGUGGGUGAAGAGGAGACGCAGAGUGAAUGGGGACGUUUCUAAAAUGUUUCGUCACGUGAAGGCAUACGGAGAGCAGCCCGGUAGAGAGCUCUUUUGUCUGCCUUCUGGUCUGGCAUCAUUCACACGCUUUGCUCUCAGCUCACUGGGUCAGGAAGUGUUUUGCUCGGUGCAGGAAGCUGACUAUGAGAUUGCCAGCUAUGCUCGUCAGCACGGCAGUAUGGGCAUUCUGGGACAGGACUCAGACUUCAUCAUAUACGAUAGUGCCCCCUACUUGUCUGUGGCAAAGCUGCGGAUAGACAGCCUCACCACUGUCCUGUACGACCGACAGAGACUCUGCCAAACCAUUGGACUGGCUGUUACCCAGCUACCGCUGCUGGCCUGUCUCCUUGGUAACGAUGUGGUGUCAGAGGAGCGGAUGCAGCAUGUCAGAAACAACGCAAUGGAAACAUACAGAACAAACGAUCCUGCAUCACACUCUGGUGCUCCUCAGGGGCAGAUGGUGCUAGCUGUAUCCCACCUUGUGUGCUCCUUGUGGAGUAGAGAGGAGCAACAGACUGGGCUCAUCCCUCAGUCUCUGGAUUUGUCAGCUCCUCAGAAAGAACUAGUGAAGAAGGGGGUUCGCUCCUAUUUACUGCCCGGACAGGAAGGUCUUCAGCAAGGUGACAUUUCUUUGCCUCCCUGUGGCUUUGAGAAACACGUUAGUCCAGAAAUAUUAAAGGCAUGUAGAGAGAAGCACGUAGCAGCAGAGGGUUACAUGGUUUACAGUGUUGUGUGUGAGGGGGUCAUUGAAUGUAGCAACACUCUGGAGGACGAGGAGGACGCUGAGUUGCAGCCUCAGGCUCUUGUCUACAAGCCAUGCAGACAACGCAUCUACGGGCUGCUGCUGCUACAGGGGCAUGAUGGCAGCAGUGACGACCUUCCAGCAAUUAAGGAAUGGUUUGUCUACCCUGGAAAUCCUCUGAAGGAACCUGAAAUAGUUCCCGCUGUCCCAAUCAGCCUUCCAGGUGAUCAGCCCAGUCUGGACUCAUUAUGGUUUGGUUCUGGUUCUGAAGUUUCUGCUCUUCGCCUGACGUGCUUCCUUUCGAUUUUUGACUGCCAGGAGUUCUCAGAGUUGCAUGGAGCCAUUGAGGACUCUCUCCUGGCUGCUCUCUGCCUGGUCACUCACAUAGUCCUCCAGGGCCAAACUUUGUCUCAAGAGGAUGUUGAUGCCUACCUGAGCCAGGCUGUGUGUCUGAGACUAAAAUCCCCCAAGGAGCUCCAACAGGUCAAGCUGCCUUUUCUAUCCAGUCGUGCGGUGCAGCUGGGAUCUCUCUACAUCCGAGGACUGAACCACCUGCUGGGUGCUAACUGUGCCAGUGGCUGCCCGCUGCCCAACGCUGCCCUCAUGCCUUGGCACAGCUUUGAUGGACGGCUGUUCCACUCAAAGUACCUGCUGGCACAUAGCGGCACAGAGAAGUCUGUGUUGCUGGACAGCGAUUCGUCCUGUUUGUCUCUUUUUCUCCACCUGAGAGAGAAACUUACAGAAACCUGCAGGAAGCAAGGCAGAGUUCUGCAGUCCAGACCCCAUGUAGCAGAACAUAAAACCACACCAGGACCCAGAUACAGAGGAAGACACACAGGCCGGCCUCCAGGUGGAGAGAACUGGAGAGAAAGAGGAGAGACGACAGGAGACCAUCGACAUGGAGGAGGAGGAUGGAGGGAGAGAGGGGAGGCAAGAGGAGACCCGCGUGAAUAUGAAAACAGUGAGAGACUGUGGGACAGAGGAGGAGGGAUGAGAGGAGGCCAUUUUCACUCUCAUCCUCAUUCUUAUUCUAACUGGCAUGAUGGAGGACCCCAGAACUGGAGCCGUCCUCCAAGACAGUCCAGAGGUCGAUCGUACCGUAACACAGGAAGAUACCAGCUGGCUCCGAGAUGGUCACAGCCUCCUGCACCAGGAACAUAACUCGACCCUGAACAGAGAGGAGAGAAGAGGAGGAUUAGAGGGGAGGAUUGAGGAGUUAAGAGGAUGGGAAACAGAUGAUGAAAGGAGCAGAGGAAUCAAAUUUCUCUGAACAAACUGAUUAGUGAAUUACCCAUCAGGAGUGUUUGUCUAAAGGAUGCAGUAGGUAGAGAAAUGGGGAUUAAGAGGAGGCAGAAUGAAGAGAUUAGGAAUACGUUAUUCAAUUUACCAUUUUAACCUGAAAUUGUCUUUUUGUGCUUCUCAAAAUAAUCCCGUAGACAUACUUUCAAAGUCCAUCAGUUCAAAGCCUCUCCUUUAUCUCAGGGCAUCUUACCUUUCUCACUGUGGCAGAAAAUGAACAGUAUGCAUGAGCACUCACCAAACAAACACAGAAAUGAGCCACUUUGAAAAUGCGCUGAGGAGUGGAUUAGAGGUUAAUCCUCAAGCCUGUUUUCACCUCUUAUCUUUGACAAUAAAAGGGCAGAGAUCUUAAAA